AUGGGCCUUCCGCCGCGCGAGGCUCCGCGCGGAGGCCCGGAGAACGCGCGCAACGCCUUCCGCGGAGUGCGCCAGCGCAAGUGGGGCUCCUGGGUCGCGGAAAUCCCUCACCCGCGCCUCCGAACGCGCGUCUGGCUCGGAUCCUUCCGCACGGCGGAAGCUGCUGCAAGGGAGUACGACCGCGCUGCUCUCAAACUCCUCGGUCCUUCCGCCCCUCUCAACUUUCCGCAACGUCUGGCGGAAAGUUUGGCGCAACGUCUUCCCCCAGACGGUCCGCCGACGGGGCCUGAAGCCUCGGAGCCUCUAGGGGAUGGGGCUUUGGGGGCUGUAUGGACGGAAUCUUCAGGCAACAUGCGAUCCCUCCCCGCUCGCGCUUCCCAUGCAAUUGCCCCUACAGCCGCCCCUACAGCCGCCCCUGCUGCUGCCCCUGCCGCUGAAAUCGCCACCUAUAACGAGGCCCAGGCGGAAGCACGUCCCCUGUCAUCACACAGCGGUCCGCACAGCAAGAGAAGACGCCUGCUCGCUUCUGGGGGAGAGUGGACGAGGCCUCUCGCACAUCCCGUCUUGCCCCCGAUGUCCCAGUCGACUCAACACUCCUCUCAGGGCGGCCUGGGCAGCAAGGCAAGAGCCCAAUCCUCUCAACAAUCCUUUGAGAGAGACCCCAAAGACGCGAUGAGACCCCUUACUCCGACCGUGCUGUCUCCGCCGACCAAUCCGAGCACAGCAGUCGGCGUUUCGGCGUCGCCUCUGCCUCCCGUGACCAGCUUGGCUUCCCUUCUUUCCUCAGCUGCGUGCCCCUUCAGUCCCACAUCUGACCCUGCAAUUGUCGCCCACUCAAACUUCCCUGAUCCCACUGCGGUGGAGAGCGGUACCAGAACCCCUGCUGCUCCCACCCCCACUGGCAGUACCUGUGGUGGCGUCUCUGGGGGGCACACGAGGUCGCAGUUGCUGCAGCAGCUGCUGUCGCCAUCUCCAGACAGUCUGACGGCACAGGUGCUGCUGCUGCUUGAUCAAGCCACAGCCAUCACAGGCACUGCUGGCGCCACAGCUGCCGUUGAUGCGAACUCCAUUGCUGCUGCUGCUGGAGAUGGGCUGCCGUCUCUGCCGGUGCAUGUGCCUACCCUACCGGGGGAUGCGCCAACCCUGCCGAGGCAUGUCUCCGCGUGUGUUGCUGUUCUGGCGGCUCUGGGCGCUAACCCGCACCAGGGAGUCUGGGAGCAGGCUGGGAAGAGAGGAGUGGAAGGAACGAUGGGCGGGCAGCUGAAAGCGCUGCUGUUGGAGAUGGAAGAGGAGGAGGAGGAGAGAAGGGUGAGGGAGGCAGUGUGGGUUCAACAGCGAAAGCAGGUUCGGGUGCCGCUGCCUGGAUACAGCAGAGCACGUCUGAUGCAGCAUGAGAUUCAACCAGAAAAGCAUGUCCAUAUGCCAUCUCAGCAGUUUCCAGUCCAGCAUGUCCACAUGCCAACUCAGCAGCAUCCAGUUCAGCAUGUCCACAUGCCAGCUCAGCAGCCACACGUGGAUGCCUUGCUGGACUCUCUGCUGCAGCAGCUGGAGGCGAGACAGGAGUAUGAGAUGAUGCAGCUGGCUCAGGCAAUGGAAGAGCAGAGGAAGGAGGACGAGCGAGUUGCUGCUGCUCAGCCUCCAAUUUCAUCCGUGCAGCUGCAAUUUCAGCCGUUUGUACAACCCUCUUACGCAUCAGCUCUGGCGUCUCCUCAUCAGCACUCUGUGGAGCACGUCAUAUCACAAAAGAACGCUGGUUCUUGGGAGCCCCACGCUCUUACCGAGUCGCAUUUUACAUCAAUGACCUCUUCUUCGCCACCAGCCUCCUCCGCGGCUUCUCCUGCGGACGAAGCGGAGGAAGUUACCCGGAAAUGGGGUCUUGAAGCCGGCCUAUGGAAGGCUGGGAGCAACGCGGAGGUGGCCAAGGACCUGCUGACUCGCUAUGGGGGAGCGUACCUUGGGACCUCCAUCGCCCUCUCCCUCGUCUCCUUCUCCCUUUGCUAUGUGCUCGUGGACCAAGGCGUGGACGUGGCUGGGCUCCUUGACUCGAUUGGCCUGCAUGUGGACAGCACAGGAGAGGCAGUAGGCACCUUUGCUAUUGCCUAUGCGGCCCACAAGGCGCUCUCUCCUGUACGCUUCCCUCCCACCGUCGCCCUCACUCCUGUGGUGGCUGGCUGGUUGGGGAAGAACAAGGAGAAGGAAGGAGAGAGCAAGGGAGAGUGA